AUGUCGAUGGACUUCCCUGCCGAGGAGGAGAUUGUUCUCCAACGGUGGAAAGAGAUUGAUGCCUUUAGGCGCCAAGUCGAGCUCUCAAAGAAUAACAAACCAUGGUCCUUUUCAGAUGGUCCUCCCUUCGCGACUGGAAAGCCUCACUAUGGCCAUCUUCUAGCUUCCACCAUUAAAGAUAUCGUUCCCCGGUACUGGGCAAUGAAGGGAUACUAUGUCGAGCGGCGGUUCGGCUGGGACACCCACGGCGUCCCCAUCGAGUACGAGAUCGACAAGAAGCUCGGCAUGUCCGGCCUCCAGGCAGUUGAGAAGAUUGGAAUUGAGAAGUACAACGAGGAGUGCAAGUCCAUCGUCAUGAAGUUUGCUGGCGACUGGAAGGUCACCAUCGAUCGAUUGGGUCGUUGGAUUGAUAUGGAGGACAAGCCGUAUAAGACCAUGGACCCCACGUUUAUGGAAUCCGUUUGGUGGGUCUUCAAGCAGCUUUUUGAGAAGGAUUUGGUAUACCGAGGAUAUCGAGUGAUGCCAUACUCGACUGCGCUUGCGACUACUCUGUCCAACUUCGAAGCCUCUCAGAACUACCAGGAUGUACAGGACCCUGCCGUUGUGGUCAACUUCCCUAUCAUUGGGCAGGAAAAUACCUACGCCCUGAUCUGGUCUACUACUCCAUGGACUCUCCCCUCCAACAUCGCCAUUUGUGUUCACCCCGACUUCGAAUAUAUCAAGGUUUUCGACGAGGCGAGCGGUAAGAACUAUAUUCUGCUUGAGUCUUUGCUCCGAACCCUCUACAAGGACCCCAAGAAGGCCAAGUUCAAGAUCGUGGAUCGCAUUAAGGGCUCAGACAUGCUGGGAUGGAAAUACGAGCCCCUCUUCGACUACUUCUACGAAGAGUUCAAAGACCACGGUUUCCGCAUUUUGAACGAUAAAUAUGUCACCGCGGAUGAUGGUGUUGGUCUUGUCCACCAGGCUCCUGCCUUUGGUGAGGACGAUUACCGGAUUGGUUUCGAGCACGGUGUGAUCAACGACAAGCGUCUGCCUCCCAACCCCGUUGAUCCGAACGGUUGCUUCACUGAGGAAGUCCGGGACUUCGUGGGUCAGCACGUCAAGGCCGCUGACAAGCCAAUCAUUAAACACCUCAAGGCCACCGGCCGCCUCGUUGUUGACAGUCAGAUUACUCACAGCUACCCAUUCUGCUGGCGAUCCGAUACUCCUUUGAUCUACCGUGCUGUGCCUUCAUGGUUCGUGAAGGUCACUCCCAUCAUCCCUCAAAUGCUCAAGGGCAUUGAAGACUCCCACUGGGUCCCCUCUUUUGUGAAGGAUCGCAGAUUUGCCAGCUGGAUCAAGAACGCUCGUGACUGGAACAUUUCUCGCAACCGUUUCUGGGGUACUCCCCUGCCCAUCUGGGUCUCUGAUGACUACAAGGAGAUUGUCGCGGUUGGCUCGGUCGAAGAGCUCAAGAAGCUGAGCGGCUACGAGGGUGAGCUUAACGAUAUUCAUCGUGAUAAGGUGGACCAUAUCACCAUCCCCAGCCAGCAAGGCAAGGGUGUCCUCCGCCGUGUGCCUGAGAUUUUUGAUUGCUGGUUUGAGUCUGGUAGCAUGCCUUAUGCCUCUCAACACUAUCCCUUCGAGAACAAGGAUCAGUUUGAGAAGAGCUUCCCCGCUGAUUUCAUCGCUGAGGGUCUGGACCAGACCCGUGGUUGGUUCUACACUUUGACUGUUCUUGGUACACACUUGUUUGGCAAGCUUCCCUUCAAGAACUGCAUUGUGAACGGAAUUGUCCUCGCAGAGGAUGGUAAGAAGAUGUCGAAGAGACUUCAGAACUACCCUGAUCCUUCUUUGAUCAUGGAUCGCUAUGGUGCGGAUGCGCUGCGUCUUUACUUGAUCAACUCUCCAGUUGUCCGUGCUGAACCUCUGCGUUUCAAGGAGAGCGGUGUCAAGGAGAUCGUUAGCAAGGUUCUGUUGCCUAUGUGGAAUAGCUACAGGUUCCUUGAGGACCAAGUGAAGCUCUUGAAGAAGGCUUCCAAUGUCGACUUCGUUUUCGACCCCAAGGCCGAAUCCACCAACACCAACGUCAUGGAUCGCUGGAUCCUGGCCAGUUGCCAAAGUCUUCUGGUGUUCGUCAACCAAGAAAUGGCUGCCUACCGCCUGUAUACUGUCGUCCCUCGUCUGUUGGGCCUGAUUGAGAACACUACCAACUGGUAUAUUCGGUUCAACCGCAAGCGCCUCAAGGGUGAGAAUGGCGUUGACGAUACUCUGCACGCCCUCAACACUCUUUUUGAAGUCCUCUACACUUUGGUCCGAGGUCUUGCUCCCUUCACCCCCUUCCUGACCGACAACAUCUACCAGCGCCUCCUCCCUCACAUUCCGGAAUCGCUCCACGCCGAGGACCCUCGCUCUGUCCACUUCCUUUCGUUCCCCGAGGUACGAGAGGAGCUUUUCGAUGAAGUUGUUGAGCGUCGGGUCGCUCGCAUGCAGAAGGUUAUCGAACUUGGCCGUCUCUCUCGUGAGCGCCGCUCCAUUGGUCUGAAGACUCCUCUCAAGAGCCUUGUGGUCAUUCACCAGGACCAGCAGUACCUGGAUGACGUCAAGUCCCUAGCGUCAUAUAUCGAGGAGGAAUUGAACGUCCUGGAGCUUGUGCUCUCUUCUGACGAGGCCAAGUACAACGUGCAGUACAGUGCCAAUGCCGACUGGCCUACUUUGGGCAAGAAGCUAAAGAAGGAUGUCCAGAAGGUCAAGAAGGCUCUGCCCAACCUGACUAGCGAGGCCGUCAAGGCCUUCGUCGCCGAAAAGAAGAUUCUGGUCGAUGGUAUUGAGCUCGUGGAAGGCGACCUCGUUGUUAAGAGAGGCAUCAAGGAGAAUGCAGGCGCUUCCAACCUGGAGAUCAACACCGAUGAUGAUGUUAUGACCCUUCUCGAUUCUGAACUGCACCCUGAGUUGGCGGAGCAGGGUAUUGGCCGUGAGAUCAUCAACCGUCUCCAACGCCUGCGUAAGGCCGCCGGACUGGUCCCCACGGAUGAUGUCAAGAUGGAAUACACCGUGUUGGAGGAUAAGGACUCGAUCGGCCUUGCUAAGGCAUUCAAGUCUCAGUCUCAGGCUAUCGAAAAGGCUGUUCGUCGUCCGCUUGAUGAGCGUGCGGUUGUCAAUGGCAAGGCUCCCAGCGCCGAUGAAGAGGGAACCAUCGCACAGGAGGAGCAAGAGGUGCAGAACGCUACCUUCCUGUUGCGCCUUGUGAAGCUGUAA